AUGGAAGCUCCUCCUACCCAGGGUGCGCCGCAGGGGCGUAUGCCCAUGCCGAACCCACAACAAAUUGCCGCUAUUCAACGUCAGCUUGCAAUUGACGCCGAGAAGGCGGGUAUGACGGUACCGCAGUUCGUUGAGCAACUCAAGCGGCAGGCACAGGAACGGAUGCAGGCGCAGAUGCAACAGCAACAACAGCAAGGAGGUCAACCGGGGCAGGGAGGUCCUCAACAACGCCCGCAUCAACACCCUCACCCCCAGCAACGGCCUGGUCAAGCUCAGCCCAUUGUACCUGGGCCGCCGAAUCCCGUAGCCCUUGCGCUUGCCAAGUUCCUCCGCGGCCAGAACCUCAAGCCACGCACCUGCAUUCUUAAUGGAGAGCGCAAGGAUAUGUUUAGGGUCAAACGAGCGCUCCGCGCCCUCGAAUCCGACGCCUACAAGGCUGCGCGCAAGAAGAACCCCGCCUUGCCUGAGAUCACCGACCGCGCCUCGCUCGAAAACGCCUUCAAGCUCCUGCCGCUUUCCAUGCUUGCGCUUCGCGUCGUCAAAGCCGACCCCCAUGAAGGCCACGACCACGCCCCGUCGAAGAAACAAAACGGCAAGCGUGUCAAGGGUCUCUGGACAGUGCGUAUCGAGCAACACCAGGAGGCUGGCGAUGACAUGUACUACGCUUGGUUGUGGGAGGGAAGCCAAGUCAUGCGCAAGGUGUAUGCGGGAUUGGCUCUGGCCGCUAUCUUCGCCAUUGUCUGCUACCCGUUGUGGCCUGUCAAGCUGCGCCAGGGUGGUUACUAUCUCAGCUGGGCCUUCCUCUGUUUCAUGGGCUUGUUCUUUGCCAUGGCUAUAUUCCGUGUCAUUCUUUUCUGCAUCACAUACUUCAUCCUGCCACCUGGCUUCUGGCUCUUUCCCAACCUCUGGGAGGACGUCUCGGUUGUGGACAGCUUCAAGCCUGUUUGGGCGUGGCACGAGCCCGCUACUGCCGCGAAGAAAAAGAAGAAGGGCAAGAAGUCAGCCAACGGUUCCGCAGCCGCUGGAGCCACCUUUUCUGCGACAACCGGACAACCCGCCCCCGCGACCGCUACCACAACCGCUACAGCCACCCAAAUCUCCACCGCCCCUCAACAGCGCAAAUAUAUGUCGCCUCGGGUGGAGGAGCUAGCGGAUGACGAAGAGUAG